AUGUCUUCUCCCAAGACGGACGGCGAUUGCCCGACCAUCGCAGAGCGCGCAACACAGUGCAGCUCUCUUUUCCUGAAAUGCAUGAUGAUGCCAGGAAUCGUGCCAGAUCCUAGCAUCAUGGAUAAUCAGCUGGUAAGCUUCACAACGUGGGCAGCUGAGAUGGAUGUUUAUAGACCGCCGAAUAUUUCGUUGGACUACAAACUCCGAUUCAGUCCUAACAACAUGGAGAUUAUACAUCGGCUCCUGGACGUUAUUUAUGAUGCCUUAACAUCCUUAAAGCCAGUUGAUGACCCGCCACAGGCUCCAGCAAGGAAAAGAAGACGCAUAUCAGAAAACGGCGAUUCGCAAGUCACGAGGGGAGUCAACGACGAUACAAGCGACUCGGACAGUAACAUGGAUCAAGCAGAGCGGAAUAUUUCAAUAAUUACCCAUAUAAUCGACGGAACAGUAAGACGGCUCGUUAGAUUAUCCGAUGUUGUUCGAGAGUCAGCAAAAAAGGGCCGAGGGCUUAAAAUGGCAAUAUACGCAUAUGAUGAAGAAGCAAACAAGGCCAUGGCCGAAUUACGUCGCGCCACGGAAUGCUACAUUUAUUGCCAAUUUCCGGGGGCGCCGGACUCGCUUCGCUCAGCAUUGGUCACGGCCAAUGCGAUGCGACUUGGACGCCUGUAUUAUCAACGACGCCAUCCAAGGCGCAUCGACUUGCGUGUUGAACAUCUACAAACCACCGCAACUAUUCUUCACCUAGCCAAGACAAAGGAGAGCGCCCCAAGCGUGCCACCAAAGCCCACAACCGUCAACAACCCAUCGGGACCAGCUGGGCCUCCGCCAGUGCUCGUAACGAAUGCAACUACUGCUCAACAAACUGAUGUCACAACUUUACCCGCCCAACCCACCGCCGAGGUUCCCCGAGUUGCAUCCCCAAUCGUGAACCAUACCUUGUCGUUCCCUCCAAUACCACCGGACAACGAGUGUCCAUACUGCGGCGUCAUCAUCGAGUUCAAGGGAACUACGGAGUGGCAACCUAGCGCCUUUCAUUUGCGUUUUCCCACCGUGCCUGCAGGCCGGUCAAGACGGGACCGGCCCGCAAACAUUCGAAACGCAAAAGCCUGGAUCAACCACAUGCAAAACGUCCACGGACAACUAUGGGAGUGCAGAGCCCCUUCACACAAUCUCAUCUUGUUUGAUCAGGAGAUCGAGUAUCAGGAGCAUGUCAUCAAGGAGCACGGCGCGCCUGAAAGGCAUAUCGGGACUCUCAGCGAAAUAGCACUAAGACGAGGCGUGUUUGCCAAGAAGCUGGAGUGCUGCCCGUUUGGUGACGAUUUUCAACACCCGCAAGAAAGCGAAUCGAGUGAAGUCUUUUCGAGCGAAGCUUUGCAGGCACAUGUUGCCGCUCAUAUGGAGGAAGUUGCUCUGCUUGCACUGCAAAAACUGCCUGGCGAUGGUGACGGCAAGUCUGGGAAGGUCGAUGGCGGCUAA